GCGGCGCGAUGCCAGAGAAACUCCUCCAGGGGGACCGCGCGGAGAGGCUGCCGAGCCUGCAACCUGCCUUUAAAAGCCCCCCGCCCAGGAGCCGCCGCUCGGCACAGGCGAGCCGGGGCGCCCGCGAUGAGGCCAGCCGCGUGCUCCUGGGGCCUGGGGCUCCUGCUGGCCGCCGCGCAGCUCUCCCGCCAGCAGCCGCCGCAACUGAGGCCUGCUUUUACAUGUGGAGGAAUUCUGUCUGGAGAGUCAGGGUUUAUUGGGAGUGAAGGAUUCCCUGGAGUUUACCCUCCAAACAGCAAAUGUACUUGGAAAAUCACAGUGCCUGAAGGAAAGGUGGUAGUUCUGUCUUUUAGAUACAUAGACUUGGAAAGUGACAACUUGUGCAGAUAUGACUUUGUGGAUGUUUACAAUGGUCAUGCCAAUGGACAACGCCUCGGCAGGUUCUGUGGUACUUUCAAACCAGGUGCCCUUGUGGCCAAUGGCAAUAAGAUGUUGGUACAAAUGAUUUCAGAUGCGAAUACAGCUGGAAACGGAUUCAUUGCUAUGUUUUCUGCAGCAGAACCACAUGAAAGAGGAGAUCAGUACUGUGGUGGACGACUAGACAAGCCUUCUGGGUCCUUUAAAACGCCUAACUGGCCAGAUCGAGAUUACCCAGCAGGAGUCACUUGCUCAUGGCAUAUUGUAGCCCCAAAGAAUCAGGUCAUAGAGUUAAAGUUUGAGAAAUUUGAUGUGGAGAGAGAUAACUACUGCAGAUAUGAUUUUGUGGCAGUGUUUAAUGGUGGGGAAAUCAACGAUGCUAAAAGAAUUGGGAAAUACUGUGGAGACAGUCCACCUGCGCCCAUUAUAUCUGAACGAAACGAGUUGCUCAUUCAGUUCUUGUCUGAUUUAAGUUUAACUGCUGAUGGCUUUAUUGGUCACUAUAAAUUCAGAGCCAAAAAGUUACCCACAACCACAGCUCCAGCUACGACCACUCCCCCUGCAACAGCAACUUUGAAACCUACAGUUGCCCUUUGCCAGCAAAAAUGUAGAAGGAAUGGGACUCUUGAGAGCCAUUACUGUUCAAGUAACUUUGUACGUUCCUGGAGCUGUUUUGAAGUAAAGACAGUGAAUGUGUAUCAGAAACAAACAUACUUUCUCAGUCUAAACACAAAUGACUACACAGAAGGUGAACUGUUGCUAUAUGAAAGUGUCGAUUCAGUAAUAACUGGAACUGUUAUCACAGCAGUCCCACGGGGCGGCAGCUUACAUGCAACAAUAUCAAUCAUAAAUGUAUAUAAGGAAGGAAAUUUAGCAAUCCAGCAAGCAGGCAAGAAUAUGAGUGCCAAGAUCAUUGUUGUUUGUAAGCAGUGCCCUCUCAUCAGGAGAGGUCUAAACUACAUCAUCAUGGGCCAGCUAGAAGAAGAUGGCAGAGGUAAAGUCCUGCCCAACAACUUUAUCAUGAGUUUCAAGACUAAGAACCAAAAGAUCCUGAACACCUUGAAAAACAAACGAUGUUAAAAUGUGAAUUCUUUACUUGCAUUCUGUCAUCUCCCUGUGAGGAACAAUUUUCAUACAGUAAAAAAUCAGGAAGAUAAAACUGACCAUAACCAAAAAGAUCUUGUCAGUUUACUGUCCCUUACAUAUAACCAUGUAACUGGCACUGUCAAUGAAAUAAAUAUAUAGAGGAGAAUAGAUCCCAAAUUUUAAACUGCAAGAUUUGCAGCAUAACCAUCUGAUCUGAAGCAUACCAAAUUCUGACUCCUUUGAAGCUGUUAAUUUAUACUUGUCUCAGAAGGAUUUUUUUAGGAAUGAGUUAUGUGCAGAUGUAAAAUAAGAAUAAGUGCAAUAUUUAUAGUAAUUCAUUUUAACUUAGCUUUUUCUUCUAAAGUUGUUUUAUUAUAUGGGUUCUUGCAUUAUUAUCUAUGCUUAAUAAAAAUUUUAAAACCUCACGAUACA